UCCACCUUUCUUUCAAUCCUCUCUCACCCCUACACCUUCCCAUGUCUGCCCCCACUGAGACUCUUGCUGACGGCCGUGAACGUUCUCGUAUCUCGAACUACAACGACUUCUGGCAGAAGGACUUGAAGAAGGAGGCUGCCGUCGAUACCGAGAACCGUCUCGACAAUUACACCGACGUUGUCAACGGCUAUUAUGAUGGUGCUACCGAGCUCUACGAGUACGGUUGGGCCACAUCAUUCCACUUCUCUCGCUUCUACAAGGGCGAAGCCUUCCACGCCUCGCUCGCCCGUCACGAGCACUAUCUCGCCUCCCAGAUGAGCCUCAAGCCCGGCAUGCGCGUCCUCGACGUCGGCUGUGGUGUCGGUGGUCCCGCAAGGGAGAUCGCUAGGUUCUCGGACGCGAACAUCGUCGGUGUCAACAACAACGACUUCCAGAUCGGAAGGGCGAGAAAGUACACCAAGGACGCUGGCUUGGAGAACCAGGUCCAAUUCACCAAAGGAGACUUCAUGAAGCUGUCAGAAAAGUUCGGGGAGAACUCGUUUGAUGCAGUCUACGCCAUUGAGGCUACUGUACACGCACCAACAUGGGAGGGUGUGUAUGGUGAAAUCAUGAAGGUUCUCAAACCUGGAGGAAUCUUCGGUGUCUACGAGUGGGUCAUGACCGACCGUUGGGACCCUUCGAACCCAGAGCACAAAGAGAUCGCCCACGGAAUCGAAUUCGGUUCAGGUAUCCCUGAGAUGCGUCCCAUCGGCCUCGCUCGCCAGGCCCUCCUCAACGUUGGCUUCGAGAUUGAGCACGAAGAAGACCUCGCCGACCGUCCCGACCCGGUGCCUUGGUACUACCCCCUCGAGGGCGACAUCAGCAAGGCGCAGACCGCUUGGGAUUAUUUCACCGUGUGGAGGAUGAGCUGGAGCGGUAAGCUCGUGAGCCAUUCGGCGAUGAGGGUCAUGGAGUUUGUUGGGAUGUUGCCGAAGGGGACAUGUGCUGUUGGUGAGAGUAUGAAGGUUGCCGGAGAUGCGCUCGUUCGGGGUGGACAGACGAAGACCUUCACACCGAUGUACCUCGUCGUGUGCCGCAAGCCUCUAUAGACGCUUCAGCUCCUCUCUUUCCCGCCUCUUCCCUCGCAUCUCGUCUCUCACACUGCUCAUCCAUCAUAUCGGGAUAUACGUACUACACUCACACUACAUCCUCUUAACAAGUAUUUUAUAUCUUUUACAUACUGCUCACGGCUCUGCUCUUCGGACAACUUUCGCUUCCUUUGCUUGUCUACCUUCUUUUGGGUGGACAGGUCGAUACCGGUACCAACGUGGUUUGACUAGCUUGACCUUUUAUUAUCUUUUUUGGUUCGAGUCGGUCUGCGGCAAUACAUUCGUUCUGUGGAAGU